AUGUCCGGUGUCCCAAGCACAUCCGCCAUGUCCUCCGGCUACUCUUCCUACACCUCAAAUGGAAGUUUUGGUUCGUUAAUGGGCUUUGGAGCCCUCCUUCGCCAAGCCAAGCGAAUUGAGAAGGCCCCAUCUACCUCCAGCCAUCACAAAAGGACCGAAAAAGAAGCCAAGAAGCCGCGCAAACACGAUGAGGUCCGAAAGACCAAGUGUAAUAUGGAAAGAGAUGAUAAGAAGGAGAAGAAGCCACUGAAAAGGAAGAUCUCUGAAGAGAAGACGACAAAGAAGAGGGCCAGAAUGGAUCUCGAAGAAGGAGAGAUCAUCAGCAGCGAUGAGGAAGAGAAAGAAAACGAGAAGGAUGAGAAUGGAGCCAUUAAGAAGAUGGUCAGCUCGAAUGGCCAAGUAUAUUUGGAAAUAGAAAUGCCAGAGAAGGUGAAGCUGGUCAACCCCGAAGAUCCAGAUGAGCAGCUGAAGAAGCUCAGAGCACUAUAUGGAGGGCAAAGAUCGAUCAAGAAAUCAAUCGCCCGUGAGUUCUUCAGGGUUGCGCCUUCCGGACCCCUUCUUCCAAAAUAA